CCCCCGUUCCGUUUCCAAGCUAGCUCUAGUUCUGUAAUGAGUAUGUUUGUUUGAUGAGGAGUGAGGUGGAAAGAGGAGAUGUGGUCCUUUUUCGCCAGGGAUCCAGUCAAAGACUUCGCUUAUGAAAUUAUUCCAGACAGCCAAGAAAAGUCUGGAAUAUGGUCGCUCCACCGGGGGAAGCGAAAGUCCAACGCAGAGCCGGUGUCGGUGUUCGUGCAUGAGGUGGCUCAGGGAUUGGAGCAGCAGACUCAGCUGGCAAAGGCAGCCUUCAAGCGGAUGAAGACCCUUCGCCACCCCAACAUCCUGGCCUACGUUGAUGGCUUGGAGACGGAGAAGAGCCUGUACCUGGUAACUGAACAUGUGACUCCCUUGGCCAUUCACUUGAAGGGCGGUCCUAGUGAACUGGAGGUUUCCUGGGGUUUGCAUCAGAUAGUGAAAGCUCUGAGUUUCUUAGUAAAUGAUUGCCACCUGCUCCAUAACAACUUGGGUGUGUGGGCCAUCUUUGUUGAUCGAGCUGGAGAGUGGAAGCUGGGGUCCCUCGACCAUGUUGCCCCGGAACAGGGUGACCCAAGCGGGGCCUUGCUUCCUGAUCCGAAGGCAGUUUACCCAGGCAUGGAGAAGUACGACCCACCAGAGAUGCCCAAUUGCAGUGGAGAGAAAUGGGCUGGGGAGGUGUGGCGGUUAGGCUGUCUGAUCUGGGAAGUGUUUAACGGGCCACUUGCCCGAACAGCCUCACUUCGUUCACUAGGGAAGAUCCCCAAGGCCCUGGUUCCUCACUACUGUGAGCUGGUGGGCGCUAAUCCACGGGCUCGGCCCAAUCCAGGCUGCUUCCUUCAGAACUGCCGAAGCCCCGGAGGGUUCCUCAGUAACAGCUUUGUGGAGAGCAAUCUCUUCCUCGAGGAGAUCCAGAUCAAGGAACCAGCCGAGAAGCAGCAAUUCUUCCAGGAUCUGAGUGACAACCUGGACUCUUUCCCAGAGGACUUCUGUAAACACAAGGUCCUGCCUCAACUGCUCACCGCCUUCGAGUUUGGGAAUGCCGGCGCUGUAGUCCUCACUCCACUUUUCAAGGUGGGGAAGUUCCUGUCUGCUGAAGAAUACCAACAGAAGAUCAUCCCUGUCAUCGUGAAGAUGUUUUCCUCCACAGACAGGGCUAUGAGGAUACGACUGCUCCAGCAGAUGGAACAGUUCAUUCAAUAUCUUAAUGAAGCAGCGGUGAAUUCACAGAUUUUCCCUCAUGUUGUUCACGGCUUUACUGACACCAACCCUGCCAUCAGAGAGCAGACCGUUAAGUCUAUGUUGCUGCUGGCUCCCAAACUCAACGAGUGCAACUUGAACCAAGAGCUCAUGCGCCAUUUUGCCAAGCUGCAGGCCAGGGAUGAGCAGGGCCCAAUCCGAUGCAACACCACUGUCUGCCUCGGAAAGAUCGCCUCCUACCUCAAUGCCGGGACACGACAGCGAGUUCUGAUUUCUGCAUUCUCACGAGCCACAAAAGACCCCUUCGCAGCAUCGCGUUCUGCUGGUGUCCUCGGCUUUGCUGCCACACACCACUACUAUAGCCUAACAGAGGUUGCCGCCCGAAUCUUGCCUGCACUUUGUGCUGUUACUGUCGACCCUGACAAGAGCGUCAGGGAGCAGGCUUUCAAAGCCAUCAAGAGUUUCAUCUCCAAGCUGGAAACCGUGUCAGAAGAUCCUACCAAGCUGGCUGAGAUGGAAAAGGAUGUUGGGUCGUCUGCUCAGCCACCUGGCACCUCUUCUGGCUGGACCGGCUGGGCUGUGACCGGUAUGUCCUCGUUGACAUCCAAGUUGAUACGCAAUGCACCAGGGACAGUGGGAGGGGAGACAACUGAGAGCAGCGGGGCUUCAAACGCCACCAGCGUGACCCCCACCGGCACCAAUGGAGGUCCUGGUUCUGGAGAGAAAAGUCCACACACCUACCUGACCCAAAGUUCUAAUGCCUCAAGCCCUGUGGACCGGUCGCAUACUCUUGAAGGGACAGAUAAUGAUGAGGAGCCAGGAGAGCGCUGGGAUGAUGAGGAUGAUUGGGGGAGUUUAGAGGACUCAGAGAAAGGUCGGGCUGAGAAGGUUGACUGGAAUACUGAUUGGUCGGGAAUAAAAUCAUCCAAAAAGAACACCGGUGAACAAGGAGUGGCCAGGUCAUCAUCCACCAUGGCGGUGAAAAAGCAAAGCUCAGACUGGAGCAGUUCAGGCUGGGACGCUGACGACAGCUGGUCCAACGAGAAAGAGGGCCAGGGCCAGAGUUCGGCUGGCGAAGAGGGUUGGGACAACGAAUGGGGAGAGGGGGAGACGGACGUCGUCAGUACCGCCCUGCCUGAGGGAAUCCGCUUGGCCAGCGAGUACAACUGGGAAAGCAAAGGACCCAGUCAGAGCGACCUGUUCGCUUGUGUGGCACAGAGAAACACAGAGGCCCUUACGCGUGGCGUUGGCUGGAAUACAGACGCAACAGAAGACUGGGGCACUGAAGAAACUUGGGAAGCGUUAGAUGGAAAUCAAGGUCUGAGCAAGGCCGAGCUGUCCAAGAAGAAACGAGAAGAGAGACGGAAAGAGCUGGAGGCCAAACGGGCGGAGCGCAAGGCUGCCAAAGGUCCCCUCAAGCUGGGUGCACGCAAACUGGACUGAUGGUGCGUUUCACCAGUGCCCACUAUGGUCCUGUGUUGGAGAUUCACCUCUGUCUUUCUCUUUUUAAUUUGUGUGCCUUCAUUUAUUUUGCUGGACAAGACUGUUGGCUCGCAUCCCAGUUUUGAAUGACAUGAAACUGUCACAUUCCAUGUUCCCAGCAAAGUAUAUAAAAAUAAUUUUUCUGCUGGAGGAUUUAGCUUCAGGCUGAUUUUGCUGCUGGGACCAUAAAUGUUGGACAUGAGAAGUUGUGACACAUUAGCAGACAGAAAUAAAAAUAAAGCCUCUAAAAAACAAGAAUUCAAAUCAUGUAGCAUAUGAGCUAUUCUGAAAUAAACAUAUAAAUGCCUCUU